GGCGAUCGAUAAAUUUAUGGCUUUCUGCCAAGAGGAUCACCCAGGAAAAGUACUUACAUUGCACUUCCUUUUUGCAAGGCAAAAAAAAAGCUCGACCAAUGGAGACGCCUGGUGCUUCAAUCAAUCUCAAUCAUAAAAUGUAAUUGUCAUCCAAUAAAAAUUUUACGAGUGCUUCUGCAUGGUACGAGAUGUUAUCUCAAAAUUGAACCGGCAGUCAUUAAUCACAUAAACGAAUUUCCUCAAGAAUAUCUUUUGUGGUUCAGCUGGAAAUUUCACACGAAUAUCAUUCCCAAAUACUUUGGUGCAAGUUUUCUAGCAUUAGUUGAAAAGAUGUUUUGAUGUUUAUGCAAUACACAAAGAACUGCAGUUGAGAGCAUUAAAGAAAAGGAAGAGAAAUUGCGCUCAAUUGCUGAAAUUUAAUUUUAAAUUCAGUUUAUUCACUUUACUGUUCUUGUCACAGCAUUAUGCUUCAAAUAUGUGAGAAAAAAUGAGCAUAAAUUGGUAUUAAAUAAUCUUUUUUUUACACUUCCAAUCAGAGUAAAAGGAACGAAUUCUAAAUAAUUUCAAUACUAAACCCAGUGCUAAAAAACCCCAUUUGGAAAUUUAAAUAUUUAAUUUCGGAGGUUCAAAGAAUUUACAAAAAUGUCAUUUAGAUUUUAUGUACACAGAAUACCUGUAUGAAUGGGAUGAAUGUGUAAUUUUUGGACGAUUAUAUAACUUCAAUGGCGUGUCUGGAAUUCCUCAUUGCAUGGGGUUUACUCACCUGAAUUUGUUUGGUGAAAGAAAAAUCCUCAAUCCCACCCUUUUGGAGCCACUGCAUUGCGAAUCUCUGUUAAUUUUCCGGAACACCAGACCGGGAUUGCGAAUCAUGUGAAUAUCGUGGUCGAUGCAGGUGAUUUAGGUGGAACACUGUGUUGAGGCAAAUGGUGUUGGAGUGUUGGACGGCGGUAGAACUAUUUCAACAGUGGAAGUGGCCAGAAAUGUCAACAGGACACAAAUAGCAUUCUCAGAGCGUAAACGGGAAGUACGCUAACACUGGCAAUAAAGACGUGAAAUUUACAAUUCAAAUUUCUCGCCGUGUUCUGGCGAGUAAGCACAUCCCCCUUCGGGAAAACAAGGGAAGCUUUCCCGAUAAGAGGGAUUUUUCUAUCAGUCACUCAUUGUUUAUAGUGUAUCGAGGAGGGGUAGAACAGUGUUUGCUAUCGCAUGUUUAGGAGACCUUUAUCUGACUCUGUGUACCCCCUCACAUAAUUUUUUAUCGUGAUUGUGAAUCCAGUGAUGUGAGAAUAGAUCCAUCUGCGACAGAAAUAUCUGUCUGGGGGCCAACUUUUGCACAUUCACAGUGAGAAAAAUUAAUUUGAUUUCUCACAAACCAGCCACAAGGACCCUUCCCGCGAGGCGGGAAUCACGGUGAGAGCCAUCAAUUUGCGAAGAGAAUAUUUGACUUGUGCGAUGUGAAUGGACGUGGUUUUUUUGUAUGAAUAGUUAAUAAAAUCAAAAGAGACUUCAUUGUAUGUCAAUCACACUCUGUGAUUUUCUCUAAGUGAUUGUUGGAUUUUUUUCUGCAUUCAUCGAGAGCCAAUAAUUCCCCACAAGAAGUGACAAAAAGUACGCGCGCGUGAUUGACUUUUGAAAGCUCUCGUGAAGCAAACUCGUGAAACAAAAAAAAAGCACUCAAAAGGAUUUUCUGUGGAAGCUGAUAGAGUGUUUGCUACAUAGAAAUUGUACAUAGCACGUAUAUAGCAAACUAAAAGCCCACCCUUUGGAACCCUUCCACCGCAAUGCUUAUGAACUUCUUGGAAAUGUGCAGGGUGAAAUUCAACACCACCAACUCGUCUCCAUGGUGUUGAGGAUUACAAAAUCAGUGAGUUGUUUCCAUGUAAACUAAUCAACGGAUUUACCUCUUGCAUUAUCAAUUAGACCACCGAUUUUCAUAAUAUUCGUUUUUUUUUCGGGGUGGCACAUUGUACGCGGAAAAUGUGCCACAGAGACUCCACGGGAAAUUGUACGGAAAACCCCAUGAGUGUGCAUAUCAGUGGAUUUUCGUGCAUAAUCAGUCCAUAAAACAAUAUUGUGCUACUGAAGAUGUGUGAUCCCGAAAGUGCCAAUGACAGUGUGGAUGAAAGUGCGACACGUGAGGAUGAUCGUGACCAGGGGCGCACAAGUAAGGAUUUGGUGCACAAAUGCAAUUCAGAUCCAGGUGGUGAAAGGACAAGUGGGUCAAGUUCGCAAUUUGGAAGUGUCCUCAGUCGAUCGCUGAGGCAUCACACGGGCACAGUCACGAGAAAAUGCGUCCUCACACUUGAUGGUUAUUCAUAUGUGAUAGUUGCCAGUUCACCUGAAGGUAGAGCUGCUUGCAAAGAAGAUUCGGUAGUCAUUAGAGAAAAGUUAUCCAGUCUUGGUGAAGCAAGAACAUCCGCACAAUCUGGGGUGACAAGAGAUACUCAUAUGCAAGGUUCCAGUCCCGAAAAUGGACAAUUAGCGAAAGAUGCUGCCCUGACAAUUGUUCGGAGAUCGAGUAGCAAAAAGGGGAAUAUCGGUGGCAAUCAGACGAUAAAUUUACGAGAAAACCCUCAAGAAAGUUUCGAGGGAAGCGAAGGUGGUGGACGGGGUGGUGGUGAGAGUGACGAUAAUACCAACGAGUGCGACGUCGUGGAGAGAAUGCAAUCGGUAACGUUAACAUCAUCCGGCGACGAAUUGGACAAUGUUGACCUGGCCACAGACAAUCUACCCGCCGUCGAUACUCCGGAUGCAUGCGACAAGGCUGCCAUGAGAUUACGAUCUCUCCUGAGGCAGCUGCAACGAGGUGAAAUAUCCGCGGAGAUUUUGCAAAAGAAUCUCCAUUAUGCUGCACGAGUUCUCGAAGCUGUUUUCAUCGAUGAAACCAAUAUUGACCGAAGUCGAGAGAGGAAUGAGCCAGGAGCACCCAGAGAUGGUGCAAAAACCGCCCCACAAAUACAUGGGCGCGGGACAACGGUCCAACGACGUCGUCUUCGUACUCCAGUCUGGGCCAGAUUAAUUCAACGAAACCGACGCUCUGUGACGACCUUAGGUCUAGACAAUAGGCGCCUAGCUGAUGAAGAUGACGAACUAUCGGAAGUCCAACCGGAUGCUGUGCCUCAAGAAGUUAGAGCUUGGCUUCAGAGUACAUUUACUCGACAACUGGCAACGACACGCCGGAAGGCGGAUGAAAAGCCAAAAUUUCGUUCUGUAGCUCAUGCUAUUCGUGCUGGAAUUUUCGUGGAUCGAAUCUACCGACGAGUCUCAAAUUCAGCUCUCAUGCAAUUUCCACCGGAAGUUGUUAAAGUGCUCAAGACUCUCGAUGAUUGGUCAUUCGAUGUAUUUGCAUUGGCGGAGGCUGGCAACUCCCAACCAGUGAAAUACUUAGGCUAUGACUUACUAAAUCGCUACGGAAUGAUUCACAAGUUCAAGGUGCCACCAGCCCUGCUCGAGGUCUUCCUCAAUCGCAUCGAGGAGGGUUACUGUCGCUUCCGCAAUCCAUACCACAAUAAUCUCCAUGCAGCCGAUGUGGCACAGACUGUUCACCAUGUCCUAUGCCAGACGGGUCUUAUGCACUGGCUCACGGAUUUGGAGAUCUUCGCCACACUCCUGGCUGCCCUCAUUCAUGACUACGAGCACACGGGAACCACAAAUAACUUCCACGUGAAGUCCGGCUCGGACACGGCACUCCUGUACAAUGAUCGAGCCGUACUUGAGAAUCAUCAUCUCAGUGCUGCCUUCCGUGUCCUCAAGGAAGAUGAGUGCAAUGUCCUUCAGAAUCUCACGCGUGAUGAAUUUAGGGAGCUGCGCUCUCUCGUCAUUGACAUGGUGCUAGCGACUGAUAUGUCCUUCCACUUCCAACAAAUAAAGAAUAUGCGGAAUCUACUUACUCUCGGUGAUCCUCAGGUGGACAAAUCGAAAGCUCUGGCUAUGGUGCUGCACUGUUGUGAUAUUUCCCAUCCGGCAAAGAAGUGGAACAUCCACCAUCGCUGGACGAUGCUCCUCCUUGAGGAGUUCUUCCGCCAGGGUGACCUCGAGCGCGAACUUGGCCUGGACUUCAGUCCCCUCUGUGACCGCAAGACAACCCUUGUGGCAGAGUCUCAAAUUGGUUUUAUUGAAUUCAUCGUUGAGCCCAGUAUGGCUGUAUGUGCGGACAUGCUGGAGAUUGUUCUUGCACCCAUUGCCCCACCGCUUCAGUGCAAAAGCACCCCAUCGACGGCAUCGCAGGAUGAAUCGAGUGAAUCAGGGCGGAGUCUCUCAAUGGCAGAGCCAACAAUUCACGAAGAUGCUGAACCACCAAAAAGUUACUCAGACGACAAACGUUCGAGGUUCAUCAUCAAGAAGCCAUGGAUAGCUUGCUUGGCGGAGAAUAAGAAGAUUUGGAAGGAGCAAGCAAUAAGAGAUGCCGAAGCCAGAGCAGCCUCAGAGGCGGAACAGGGUGAGGAUGAAGGUGAUCCUCCGGCAACCACCAAGGAUUAAUAAUAAAGAAAGGGACUCUCUCUCACCAAAAUGUCUAAUGACACUGCAAUACAGCACCAUGAAGGAUAACAAAUUUUUAGGCAUGUAUUUUUUAGUGCAUUAAAAAACAUUUUACUGUUUAGGAAGAGCACCGUAAAAUUCCUAUUAACAAUGUAAAUUAUUAACUAUAUAUAUAGAUAUAUAGAGAAUUAUGUAGGUAGAUAAAAUGAAUAAAGCAAAAAGCACACACAAUUCACUCUGGCAGUGAUUUUUCAUUUUCCUCUCCAUUUUUUUUUCUUUGAUAUAAAUUUAAUAAAAUAACGUGAAGAGAAACACACUGUGUAUAAAGACAGUAAAUAUUAAGUUAAGAAAAUGGAAUGAAGGCGUAACCAGGUAGAAUAAAUAACGAUAAAACAUGAAUUUACAUAGAGGUACAUAAAGCGAAAAAUUAAUAUCAAAAUUUUGCUGUCUUUUUGAAGAAUAAAAAAAUCCAAAAAAUUCCGCGUAAUACUGACACAUGAAAAGUUUUCAAGAGUUUCUUCCACCACGUUUGAAGAUUUUUGUCCUAUUAAAUAAAAUUUAAGUUCAAUUUAAAGUUUUAAAUGCGCAACUAAUUGACACACUAACUUUUCAAACCUCAAACUGAAUUAAAUUUGAAAUUGAAAGCUUUUAAUUUAUUUUAUCAGCAUCUCUUAUUUAUUUAGAAACCUCAGAAAAUCAUUACUUUCUUAACGUUUUUGCAUAAAAUUUCUUGUGAAUACCCCUACUAUUUUCAAAUUCUGUGCAAUUAAGAUGAGUUCACCUCCUUAAUUACUUGAACGCCUAUAAAAUGUACCUAAACCAUUUGGAAGGAAAAUUAACAAAUAAACUGUCUAAUUAUGCAAAAUUCACUCCACUAAAUUCCUUUUCAUUUGGAUUUCUCCAAUGUUUAAAAAAAUAAAGAUUGAAACUUUAAAUACGAUGAAUUGAAAUAAUAAAAAUUUUAAUGAAAUUAAAAACACAAAAAUUAUAUUUUUUCGCCAUUCAUCUUAAACAUGAUCAAUAUGAUUCGUGUAAGAUAUCCAUAUGAAUAUGAGGCAGUCUUAAAAAUAAAUGAGCCUAUUUUAAAGAAUUACAUAAAAUAGUAUAAAUAGAAGGUAAAUUUUCAUAAAUUUUACCUUUAAAUAAAAAUAAAAAUAAUCUGUUGCUGAUGCCCAUCACAAGCACUCGUCCGAAUUGUAAAUUGUAUAAAAAAUGAGGAUACAAAUUAAAUUAAAUAAAAACAAUGUAAAAGUAAAUAAUUAUAAGGAUGUAAUUGAGAAACAGCAAGUCUUAUAGCACAGUAGGGAUUGAUAAGAAAAUGUAUAUAAAUAGCAAUUUUCAAGAUAAAUUAUAUAUAUAAACGUUUUACGGAGGGUUCGAUUUUGCCGGAAAAAAAGAUGAAACACGAGGAAUAUAUUCUUAGAAGAAAAAAUGAGGCUAGUUAUGUAUAAAUUAUUUGUAAAAUGAUAAGAAAAAAUAUUCCUUAAAUUGUGGUCGAAUUCAUUCGUUUUAAUUGGAACCAAAAUGGGAGAAGGACAUGAAUUCGUUUAGAAUUUGAAAUUACGCAUCACACAAACUUAUAUCUAAAUCCGCCCUCUUGUAUUGAAGGAAUAAGGAAAACAUCCUUUAUCUCCUUUUUGUAAAUUACCAUGAAUUUAAUCAACCGUUUCUGUAUUAAUCGAAAAAAUGGGGAAAAAGUGAAAGUUUAGGGGAAAUAAUCAUCAAAUGAAGAAGUUUCCUCCUUUACUUUCUUAUACAAAUUUAUCCUUAUUCAUUUGACCUUGUUUGUAAUAUGUAUUUUCCCACAUGAAUUGCUAACCAUGCGCAUAAAUACAUAAUAUAUUAAGUCCAUCUGUCCAUGCUAUUUAUACCAUUAAAUCAUGAUUUUAUUGAAUUGAAAGGAAAAUAGAGUUGUUUUUUUUUUUUGAAAUAUUAGAGCAUUUUUAUUUGAAUUUGAUCCAUUAAUUCUUUGUUGAAAAUUCAAUCUCAAAGCUUUCUCUUUAGGACAUUUCAAUGCCCUGAAAAACCUAUUUAAUCAAAUCAUGAAUCAAUGCACUUUUUAAUUGAUUAUUAAAUCAAGCUUGAUUUUGACUUUAAUUUAAUCCCAAAUCAACAAUUUUGUAAAUUCCGGAACAUUCCCAAAUUCCAUGUUAAUUCUCCAAUGAGUUAACUACAUAUAGGAGAAGAUGAGGAUAAAGUUGGUCAAAAAUUUGUAUGAGAAAAAAUUCUCUAAAAGAAAUGGUUUUAUAAGGAAUAAAAUAGCAAAAAAAAAUUUUUUUGAGCUUAUCCGCAUCUUUUCAAUUUUUAAAUUGCUAAAAUUUCUGAAAUUUUGUUGCUCGAUUUCGAAGCUCGAAUCAAAGAACUUUUCCCGAGCUUUUCCAGAACUUUACAUAACAAUCAACCUACACCCAAGUCUCCCCUACUUCUAUAUUAAUAGCCCAACAUAUUUUUGCAUUUGUCCAUGGCAUGUGCAGAUGUGAAUGGACAGCAUUUCAGUGUGGUUUCAAUUUAAUCACCAAGAGAGCAGAGAUUUGAUAUGACACGUGGAAAAUCAAUAAACUUUGGGUGAAAACACUUCCCCCCACCCCUCUGCCAUCCCCUAAACUGUUUUAAAUUUCAAUUUACGCCACUCAAUGGUGGUUUUUCAGUCUCAAAAAGCUAUAUUGCGUCGUGAUAAAGCUCUAGCUCUAAUGUAAAAUGUAUGAGAUAAAAUUGGGAAUCAGGGUAUGGCCAUUUUUGGGAACUUUUCCCACCCCAUCCCUUGAAAUUCUUCAUCCCUUAUGUCUCAACGAAUUAGAUAAAAUACUUUCCGAAGAACUUUACCACAUUGUGACAUAUGAUUUUGGUUCUAUGUGGAUGCGUGGGAAGAAAAGCUCUCAAGUAAAAAGUUUAUUUUUGAUGAACUAAAUACGGAAGGAAAGUGGAUUUUGGGGAGCUUUUUCGUAACAAAUAAUUACCCGUUUGUUCCUCUUUUCCCUCCGCCAUUCAGGCUCAUUGUCUAACUUAAAAGCUAAUGCCAUUGUUUUGCAAGAAAAAAAACUUUUAAACUCCAGUUCUUCCAAUUAUGCCAUUAUAAGUGGAUUUAUUUCCCAUCAAAGGGGAACAAUAAAUAAAGCUAACAAAUUGAGCUUUUCCAAAGAAAAAGAAAUAAAGUAUUAUACAUACAUAAUAUUAAAUGCAAAAUUUAUCAACAGAAAUCAAAUUUCCCUGCUGGAGAAAAUAAUACACAUUUUUAGGGCUAAAAGAGAGGAACAUUUCAUGAUCAAAGGGAAUUACAUAUUUACGUGCUUUCUCUGGUCAGCGUAUGAGCUUUUUCCACCCACACCCCAUGUAAAUACAAUCUCCCUAUAUACAUCUCAUCCCCCUUGACAUCCUCCCCUAUAUAUGAAUAUUAUGAUUUUAUCAACAUACAAGGAGACAACAAACGAAAAUCUUGGACGGUAUGAUGGAACAAAAAUCAAUUGAGGAAAAUUAAUUUUUCAACCUUUUUCCCUACAAUAGAAUCAGCAGGAAAAUAAUUAUGUUUUUUCCGUUGAAAAUUGAGAGACUUUUAAUAAAAUUUCCACAAAUUAGUAACGUAUAUUGCAAAAUAGAUUUGAGGUUUUAAUAAAAAAAGAGAAUUCAAUUGAAUUUUUUUAAUUAAAAUGAGAAAAAAAUAUUUCCUGAAAUUUUUCAACUUGUUUUCAUUAAUUUUUCCAAUAAUUUUUCAGGGCCAUUAAAUAUGUUCUAUAUUUAAAAAUAUAUACCUACUUGUUAUUGCUCAUUAAAUAUUAAUGAAACUCGUAUAAUACCUCACUAAAACCAUUUAAAUAUUCAGAUUUUCCUUUGAAAAAAAAAAAACAAGAAAACGGCUCUUACCAAUUAAUGAAAAUAAAGCAAAAAUCAACCAACAAAACUUCAAAAUUAAUAAUUUUCUUCUUUUUCCCCAUCCCCCAGAAUCCCCGUCGCUCCCUUUAUAUCAUGCAAAUUGCAAAUUAUAAAACUACUGGGAACAAAUUUAUCUUCAAAAAGAAUCACAGAAGAAUUAAAAGAAAAAGUUCUUCUGGUGAAAAAAAGCUCAUUUUCACGAAGAAAAAAAAAGUGCUGCAUGGCAUUGAUGGAAAAUCAUUGUGAACGUGUAGAUAAAGAAAAUUUAGAAAGGGAAGAAAAUAUAGAGUUAAUAUGAUAAAAAAAAAGUAUUUUAAAUAAAUAGGGGAAAAAUUAUGUAAUUAAAUAUUCAUGUGAAGAGACUUCUAUAAAAAAAAACAUUUUCUUUCAAUUUUAAAAGAGAGCAUAUUUGCAUAUAUUGCAUAAUUGUUAUACAAAUAUAAAAAACAUUGACAUCUAAAACAUGUUGAAAAAUCUUCAUUUUCUUUUAAAUGUCUGAUUGAGGGACCAGUCGUUUAAGUUUCUCCAUUGCUCGCCUUUUCUUGCGGCAAAGGACACGGGGGCGUUUUCAAGGAAAAAAAACUAAACUUUGACCCCCCUUUUAAAAAAUUACCUUCAUGAGCUUUUUCAACGCAAGACAUUCGAGCAAUGGGGACGUAGCUUAUCAGUAAGGUACCAUUAUCAGCUGAAAUUGGGAUCAUAGCUUUAUUAAGGUAGAGAAAUAUUACAAAAAAAAAGAAUCUAUUUAAAGAUUAUUAUUAUAUAGAAUGGAUGGAAUCAAUGAGAAGGGAUGUCUUAUAUAAAAAUAAAUUGUAUCACUCACAAAAAGCACACAACUAGUACAGAUUUAAUAAAAUUAAUUAAAAAAAAUAAACCCAUUGAAAGCAGAAAAUGGAAUUUUCAAAAAAAAACCGCCUUCCUAUCUCACUGCAUAAGAAACUAAUUAAAGGAUAUUCAGCAAAAUGUUUUUGCUAUUAAUUGAAAUUCAUCUACUAUUACAGUUAAAGAAAUAAAUGAAAAAAAUCUCUAAAAUAACCGAAUUUUACUAGAAAGAUUUCCACACGAAAAAUGUAAAAAAAAAUAGAGAAACUUUAAAAAAUACUUGUUUUCGUUGUACCUCUAAUGAAAAGAAAAACAGAAAAUAGGAAUUAAAAAAAAAGUUACUAAAUAAGUUUUAUUGCCUGAUGAACAUUUUCGAGAGCGAUAGCAUAUCUAUGAUAAAAUGAUAAAAAAAUGAAAAGUUAUUAUGAGAGUACUUUUUAAACUUCCUGUAAAUAUAGGCAUUACAUUAUACAUUUUUCUCUAGGUAAAAGAAUACAUAUUUAAAGAUGAGGAACUUCAUGAGUAAAAAAAAGUAAAUAAAGUAUUAGAAAUUUGUGUACAAAUUA